CACUUUUUCAUGCAAGUUCUCGCCCCCUACAGAAAGAAGCGUCCGAAAGAAAAAUAGCAGCAACUUUUAAAACAUAAAUUAUAAGCAAUUGUUUGUUAGUGGUAUGCAUACAUUUUUUAUUAGCGAUAAUGUGUAUUUGACGUUUGUAGAUUCUAUUGGACAAACGGAACAUGAGCGUGAUGACGCUUUACGGCUUUAGGUUCGUUUGUUUUGUUGCCUUUGUUUAACCGUCAUAGUGUUUUCCUCUGCUUCAGCAUUCACCGUACCGCCCAUGUGACACUGGUGAACAAACCGAGCACACCCGCUGUCAAAUCAAGCUAGUGACCACAUCAGGCUAAAAAUCUCCGCCGGCUGAGUGUGCUGGCUCACCCAUCGUUAGCUUUUGUCUUAAUCCCAUACGGCGCAUAGAUAAUUUGGACAUUUUAGGGACCAGCUGUUGUAUUUCAUUGUGUUUUGUUGACCGUAUUCCUGCUUCCUGUUGACAAUGGCUGAUCCUAAAUACGCAAACCUACCUGGAAUCGCUUUUAACGAGCCAGACGUGUACGAGACCGGAGACCUUCCGGAGGACGAUCAAGCUCAGUUUGAGUCGGAGCUGGAGGAGCUUUGCAGUGACAGUGUGGAGAGGAUUGUGGUCAACCCCAACGCAGCUUAUGACAAAUUCAAAGACAAACACGUCAACACCAAGGGACUUGACUUCUCAGACAGAAUAAGUAGAAACAGAAGAACGGGUUACGAGUCAGGAGAAUUUGAAAUUCUUGGAGAAGGCUGUGAAGUGAAGGAGACGCCUCAGCAGAAGUAUCAGCGCCUGGUUAAUGAGAUCCAAGAACUCAUUCAGGAUGUGGACACCAUCCAGUCUGCUGCAAAAGAAAGUACUUCAGAGGAGCGCCUCACUCCGGUGGUUCUGGCACAGCAGGCAGCGCAGCUCAAACAGCAGCUGGUGUCCGCUCAUCUCGAUUCACUGCUGGGACCACAGGCUCACAUCAACCUGGCCGAUCCAGAUGGAGCACUUGCCAGGCGUCUGCUCACCCAGCUGGAGGCGGCUAAGAGCAGCCGCGGCAGCUCUGCAGGAGAUGCCAAACCCACUUCUUCGACAAAAGGUCCAGAUGGAGUGGUGCUGUACGAGUUACACAGCAGACCAGAGCAGGAAAAAUUCAACGAGUUUGCCAAGAUGGCAGAACUGGAGAAGCGUCUGGCUCAGUUAGAGAUGGCUGUUGGCUCAGGAUCAGACAAGCAGGGACCUUUGAAUGCUGGUGUUCAAGGAGUCAGUUUGAUGGAUACUAUUGAGCUCAUGCAGGCGAGGGUCAGCGCUCUGGACUCUGCUACUCUGGAUCAAGUGGAGGCAAGACUGCAGAGCGUCCUUGGGAAGAUGAAUGAGAUUGCAAAACACAAGGCAGCGAUUGAAGAUGCUGAAACACAAAACAAGGUGUCGCAGCUGUACGACGUGGUGCAGAAGUGGGAUGCUGUGUCCACCUCUAUACCUCAGGUGGUGCAGAGGCUCGUUGCUGUGAAGGAGCUGCACGAGCAAGCCAUGCAGUUUGGCCAACUGUUGACUCACCUGGACACAACUCAGCAGAUGAUCAAUAACUCUCUGAAAGACAACACCACUCUGCUAACACAGGUCCAGCAGACGAUGAAGGAAAAUCUGGUGGCUAUUGAAGAGAACUUCGCAGCACUCGAUCAGAGGAUGAAGAAGAUUUCGAAAUAAACGAUGGCGGAGGUUCAGUCCAGAACAGACUAGAAUUUGGACAUUGAUAUUUGGUUAGAGAGCACAGAUGGAAGGGGUGUGGGGUGUAGCAUUGUCCUUUCUGAAAGUUCCUCUUUUGCUCUCAACUUCUGCCUCAGCCUUUUUUCACUAAGUGGGAUGUUAGAAAGUUGAGAUGAAAAAAAAGACCAAAAGUUUGUCAACAUGUCCACCCUCAUUUCCUUUUGCUUUCACUUACAUAUUUGAAAUUGUUUCGUACAUGAAUGACACUGAUUGCUGUCCCCUGUUAGGGCUAAUAUGUUUUAGACUGGAUUGUUUUUAAUUUUAUCAAUAUAAGAGAUUAUUCCAACCCUUUUGGAGAUUUACACUAAUGGUGAAUUUGUACUUUAACUUUGGCUAAAUGAAACAAAUCACGUUGGGAUUACUAGAUGACACAAAAACAGAUGUCAGCUCUUUAAAAAAAAUGAUGGUCUGUUAUCCUUUAUGGCGUGAGGAGCGUGUUGAGGGUUUCAGACUUGUGUUGUGGAAGGAAAGCUUGUAAAUAUGCCUGUGUACCUUAUUGUUUCUUCACCCUCAGUCACUUGUAACUAUAUUAUUAUGACUGAGACCAAAUGCCACAGAGAAACUUUUAAUCUGCUUUGUCAUUGCUUACAACUACACUGUUCAUCUGUGGUCACUCAAGCAGAUCAAUAAAUUAAAGUGUGAACAGUU